AACAGACAGUUCGUUUCAGACAGCCCCUAAAUGCACCAUCGCGACCUGACCCCUUUAUGCGCGCUCCCUUACGUUUACGUGGCUACUCCUCCUCUACAUAGUACGUGCGCGCACCCGUCUGUCGCGUGGUGGGGAUCAUCCAUAUUGCUGCUAGUGGUGCUGAUAAGGUUGUAAUCCUGAGAGGCCGUUGAAUACGUUUCUUCGCGUGGUUUUUUCCUCGGUGCUGACCGCUCCGCAACCCGGGCCGAACCUAUUCGGGUCUCGGAGCGACCGUGGAGUGGCAGGCCCCGUGGAGCAACUUCACACUUCCCUUGAAAUUGAAGGCGGAUUCGGACGAGUAAGAGAAGAGAGGAGGAGGAGGAGGGGGGGGGGGAAGGAAGGGACUGUUAAAUCCUGAGAAGGGGGGGUUGGAGGAAAGACGGUGGUGGGGAAAUGGCCACGCAGGUGGAGGCUCUCCUGCCCGGAAACCCGCUUGCCAAGGCGGAGGAGCACGGCCAAGUGAUCCGCGGCGAGCCGGUGGAGGUGGGAGAGGAGGAGGAGGAGCAGCAGCAGCAGCGGGCCAAGCGGCAGCGAGGUGUCGACGACAGCGGCGCCGGACUGGGAGGGACCACCGGCGACGAGGAGCAGUCCUCCAAACGGGCAGCGGAGCUCCAGCAGGACGAGGAGGGCUGUGACAGCGGCGACAAGCCGGGCGAGGAGGGAGUUAAAGGCGGCGGCGGUGGUGGCGGCGGCAGCGGGGGGAGGAAGGAGUUUACCGAGGCUCCCCCGCCCAAGGUGAACCCGUGGACCAGGAAAAUGAACGCGGUGACCGUGGUCAGCGUGAACGGACAGGCGCACACCGAGACGAGCGGCCCCACCAAAGUGGUCAGAGCGGGCAAUCCACCCAAAGCUAGACGUGGAGGAAAGGUUGGGGAUUUUUGCGACACCAACAGCUGGCCGACUCCAGGAGAGAUUGCAACUAAAGACAUGCAGAUGGAGGUAGUGGGACAGACCGUGUCCUGCCCGCCGCCUCUCAGGCAGGUCAGAGACUCGUGGAGAAUCACUGGUCCCAAAAAGCCGACUGCUAAGAAGGAGUCGAAGGAGAAGAGGGAAAGCAUCGAGGAGAGCAAGGAAAACCUGAAGGCCAAGUCUGACGACUCGGGAGAGGAGAAGAACGGAGACGACGACUCUCAGAAAAACGGGACGAAGAAAAAAGCAAACAAGCAGAAGUGGGUUCCUCUGAUGAUCGACGUGAAGUCGGAGGGUCCCAGGGAGCGCUCGGCCUCCAGGAACAACAGCAGACAGAACGAACACCCACGCCUGCCCCCCAACGCCAGGAACGACCUGCGAGACUGGCACAGUCAGAAGUACGAGCGGGAGUGGCGCGACGACCACGACGAGGUGUCCAGCGUGAAGAGCGAGGGGGCGCCGUUCCGCGGAGGAUUCAGAGGUCGGGGACGCGGACGAGGAAGGGGACGAGGACGAGGCCGUGGCAGAGGUCACUACGACUACCACUACGGUUACAAGUCGUACGACGCAAAAGACGGAUCUUACGGCCAGAAGUUCAGCAACUCUGUCACCUACUACUACGACAACAUGAGCAGCAGCGAGCUCUACUCUGUGGACCAGGACCUCCUGAAGGACUACAUCAAGAGGCAGAUAGAGUACUACUUCAGCCUGGACAACCUGGAGCGGGACUUUUUCCUGCGGAGGAAGAUGGAUCAGGAAGGCUUCCUGCCGGUCGGACUCAUCGCCAGUUUCCACCGAGUUCAGGCCCUCACUACAGACGUCAACCUUAUUCUAGAGGCUUUGAAGGACAGCAAAGAAGUGGAAGUGAUCGACAUGAAGAUCCGCCGGAAGGAGGAUCCCGAGAAGUGGCCUCUUCCCGGCCUGAUGAUGCCCAACCACACGCACACGGACUUCUCCCAGCUCAUCAACUGUCCCGAGUUCGUUCCCAGGCAGCUGACCGAGGAGCUCAGAGGAUCCUCCAGAUCCUCCACACCAGUGCAGCAGCAGACCAAGACUGAAGCCGACAUGUCCAACCUCAAGACGAUGCCAAAGGGCCUCUCCGCCAGUCUACCCGACCUGGACUCUGAGUCCUGGAUCGAGGUGAAGAAGAGGCCCCGAGCUUCACCCGCCAGACCAAAGGCCCCUUCGUUGCAGCAACAGAAGGAAAAAGACGAUUCGCUCCGGUCUCCGGUCCCCCAGUCCGGCUCCUCGCCCGCGCCCGUUACCCCAGGAAACAAGGACGGAGCGGAGCCGGACGAGCCGGAGGAGCUGGACUUCAUGUUCGACGAGGAGAUGGAGCAGAUGGACGGACGCCGCAACACCUUCACCGACUGGUCGGACGAGGAAACGGACGGCGAGCUGGACGACCACGACGUCAACAAGAUCCUGAUCGUGACGCAGACGCCGCCGUACCUGCGGAAGCACCCGGGCGGCGACCGCACGGGGCACCACACGUCGCGCGCCAAGCUGACCAACGAGCUGGUCAAGGUCAUCAACGACGGGCUCUUCUACUACGAGCAGGACCUGUGGGACGACAAGUACGAGCCGGAGUACGCCACCAUUAAGCAAGAGGUGGAGAAUUUCAAGAAGGUCCACCUGAUCAGCCGGGAACAGUUCGACUGCCUGACGCCUGAACCUCCUGUUGACCCCAAUCAGGAGGUCCCCCCCGGUCCCCCGCGGCCUCAGCAAAUCCCCACAGACGCUUUAGCGAACAAACUCUUCGGCGCUCCUGAACCGUCCUCGGCGGCCCGCUCGCUCCCCACCACCGUGCCUGAGUCUCCGAACUACCGCAGUGCCCGGACGCCCCGCACGCCUCGCACCCCCCACCGCAAGGACCCGACCAUGACGCCGCGCUUCUACCCGGUGGUGAAGGAGAGUCGGCCCGUCGACGCCAAGACACCGAGGAAGAGGAAGACUCGGCACAGCUCCAAUCCUCCUCUGGAGUGUCACGUGGGCUGGGUGAUGGACUCCAGAGAGCAUCGCUCCCGCACCGCCUCCGUCAGCUCCAACGCCAGCCCGUCUGAGGGCACCCCCGCCCUGAGCAACAUCGGCUGCACGCCUCAGUCCCUCCCCAAGUUCCAGCACCCGUCACACGAGCUGCUCAAGGAGAACGGCUUCACGCAACACGUCUACCACAAGUACCGCCGGCGCUGCCUCAACGAGAGGAAGCGGCUCGGAAUCGGCCAAUCGCAGGAGAUGAACACGCUCUUCCGUUUCUGGUCGUUCUUCCUGCGGGAUCACUUCAACAGGAAGAUGUACGAGGAGUUCAGACAGCUGGUGGUGGAGGACGGCAAAGAGGGCUACAGGUACGGUUUGGAGUGCUUGUUCAGGUACUACAGCUACGGCCUGGAGAGGAAGUUCAGACCGGACAUCUUCAAGGACUUCCAGGAGGAAACCAUGAAAGAUUACGAAGCAGGUCAGCUUUACGGCCUGGAGAAGUUCUGGGCCUUCCUCAAAUACUCCAAAGCCAAGAACCUGGAGAUCGACCCCAAGCUGCAGGAGUGCCUGAGCAAGUUCAAACGUCUGGAGGACUUCAGGAUCGACCCGCCGAUGGAGGAGGGGGGGCGUAAGAGACACCCGUCCAGCGGCGACGGCCGGCGCCGCCAUCCCUCCCAGUCCUCCAGCCGGCCCCACAGCCAGGCGAGCGGCGCCGCUGCAGCCGCCGCCGCCGGACCCUCAGCCAGGGAUGUUGCCAAACCCGCCAGCCAGAACCAGAAGCCCGCCGCUCCCUCUGCGGAUCCAGCAGCAGACGCCAAAACGCUCAAGUAACUCCUGGGAACACCAACUGGCUGCACGGAUCGACCCGACCACGGCUGCAUGUCGCCGCCGGAGUGGGGGGGGGGGGGGGGGGGGCUCUGCGUUCG